AGGAAAAUUCUAAAAGUAAAACGCAGUUUAAAAUCAAGCCAUAUUUAGAAUUUGAGGUUAACUACGGCGAAAACAUGUUGAAAAAUACGCUGAGACAAUUUAAAUUAUUCAGCUCAAUUUAUAAUAUUAACUUAGCAACACAAAAAAACACUCGGCUCUUAUCAUCCUUCUCACCUCACAUCCAGAAAGCCAAAGAAUCAAGCAGUGGUUCACUAAAAUCACGGACCUCCGAUGACGGUGAAUACUUCGUGCGACUGCAAGACAAUCCUGAUGUUUUUGGAUCAGACCCACCUCGAACACACCAAUCCCAACUUCCCGAUAAAGAUGAUUUAAGAGAAGAACAACAUUUAACUAAUCAACCAAAUAGAAGUCGACAGUUAAGUACUAAACAGUAUGCAGAUAUAAUAAAAUCUUUGAUUGAUAAAAAGAAAAUCAAAGAAGCUAUUGAUGUAGUUGAAGUAAGAAUGUUACAGGAAGAUAAAGUCCAACCUGAGAAUUAUCUAUAUAAUCUGCUGUUGGGUGCAUGUGGCCGAGUUGGUUAUACAAAGAAAGCAUUCCAAUUAUUCAAUGAUAUGAAAAAGAGAGGACUAAAGGUCCAUCCUGGUGCAUACACAGCACUAUUUAAUGCAUGUGCAAACAGUCCUUGGCCUGAAGAUGGUCUCACAAGAGCUAAACAUCUACACAAUAUCAUGAUUGAGAAUAUGUAUGAACCCAAUGACAGUAACUACAAUGCAAUGAUAAAGGCAUAUGGAAGAUGUGGUGAUAUCAAUGCAGCAUUCUGUUUGGUUGAUGAAAUGUUUAGGAAGAAAUUUUGCAUCAAAGAUGACACUUUAAACUUUUUAAUUCAAGCCUGCAUCAGUGAUACAGAGGCUGGAUUUAGGCAUGUCCUUUUAGUUUGGCACAAAUUUAUGAAAAAAAGAAUAAAACCGUCAGUCUACAGCUACAAUUUGUUAUUAAGGGCAACUAGAGAUUGUGGAUUAGGAGAUAUGGAGUCAACAAAGGAUGUUCUCAAGCAAAUCUUGUCUCCAAAUGAUAAAUUCUUAAAAAUUGCUGAUGGAAACACUAAAAAUGAUGAGGAGCCUGUGCCAAUCGACGCGGGAAAUACACUAAACCUCCCAACAGAUGAAAUUCCUGGUGGAAUGCUUGAAAUUGAUAACGUUUACGGCACUAGCGAAAUAAACCGACCGAAUCUACUGGCAGAAACCCCGCAAUUGGGCAAUAUUGUUCUCAUCAACGAGAUAACAAAAGCAGAGGACCGUCUGCUUUUAUUAGGUGGCGCACAAAACUUUCUGGAAGACAUGCAGAGACGAGAAUGUACUCCUGAUAUUAAAACAUUUACACAACUUCUGGAUUGCCUGCCCAGUACGGCCUUUGCCGAAAGUGAGUUACUGAGCUCAAUGAAAAAAUACGGAACUAAACCGGAUUUAGAUUUCUACAACAUGUUAAUCAAAAAGCGCAGCAUGCGAUUCGACUAUGUUGGAGCAAAAGAUGUGUUGAAUAUGAUAUACAAUGACAAAUUCCAACCAGAUUUAAUUACAUAUGGGAUAUUAGCUUUGGGUUGUAAAAAUAAGGAAGAGGCCGAAAAUUUUCUUGAGCAUAUGGAAGCGGGAAGAUACAGGCUAAAUGCUGCAAUUUUGGGUGCAAUGCUUCAGCAAAGCACUUUCCACAUGGAUUUCCCAUACGUCAUGUUCGUGAUGGAACGUUGUGUGACGGAAAACAUUCAACCAAAUGAGGCCUUUAUAACACGCUUAGAGAAGUUUCAUAAUAGAUGCAAGAAACUCUCGAAUGACUCUUCGACCAAUUAUGGAAAAAAUAAAAAGUUCCUUAGAGGAUUCCAAAUAUUCCGGAUGCGUUUGAAAACAUGGCGAGAACAAGUAACACCCGAGGAAGAAGUCCAUCCUUGGCAACAAUUCCGACAACCUGUUGAAACUGAUGUAAGACAUUACAAAGAUAAGGACGAAUCUUCCCACUUUAAGCCUCGUUACCUGAGUAAGUAUCGCCAAAAACAAAUUCCUACAGAAAUUGUCAAUAAAAAAGAUGGCAGCAGAAAAUAUAAGAAAAACUCCGUAUGGAAACCUAAACGAAAGGAAUCGCGACGUGUAGAAAAAUAAUCUCGAAUGUUUAUAAGUAGAUGAUAAACCAAGAUAUUAAUAAAGUUUGAAUAAGAAUUUUAA